AUGGCCCAGCGCUCCCUGGGUAGCCGAGAGCUCGCCCGCGAGAUUGGUGCUCUGGGGCACCGCUCGCAAUGGAGGGACGCCAUCGCCCGCUUGGAGGAAUGGCGCAAGCGGGGUUCGGAGCCUUCUGCUGUGGCCUUCAACGCCCUGGUGGCAGCGCUGGCACGCGGUCACCGUGUGCAGCGUGCUGGUACCCUCCUUCAGGACCUGAGGCGGGAGCAGCUGGACCUGGAUCUGGAGGCCUACGGCGGAGCCAUCACCGCCUGUGCGAACGGCGCCUUCUGGGCCGAAGCCCUCGGCUUCCUCGAGGAGGUGCUCCAGAGCGAGUUGCUCGAAGACAGCGCAGUCUUCAACCAGGCCCUGGCCUCAUGCUGGCGAGGGAACUGGCAGUUGGCGCAGGCGCUCCUGGCAAGGAUGGACAGCCAUGCGGUUCCCCGCAGCGUCGUCUCCUUUGAGAAGGCCUCGGCAGCUUGCAACCGCGCCGGCCGCUGGCAGGAGGCCCUGCAUCUCUUCGAUGAGGCCUGGGAGGCCCUGUGCCCGCCGAAUGCCCCGAUGUUCCGCGACGUGUGUCAAAGCUGCGCGGACGGCACUGCGUGGGAGGCCGGCCCUUCCAUUGCUUGCAUCUGCUGCCGCGACGAUGACAGGCUUGUCACAUGGCUCCAAGAUUUCCUGAAGUGCCAUGUAGGCAUCGUCCACGGUCACUUGAUGGUAGUCGAUGCCCUCAAUGCUGAAAAAGCCCGGCAUGAGCUUCAGCAGAGCCUGUUGACUUUGGCGUUGCCCUUGUUUGUGAGCUUGGCCAAGGCCCGGUACACUGCGGGGAUCUACUGGGCCGAAGACACCGCGAAGAUCGAUCAAUAUCUGACCCAGGAUGAGGGUGGAGUGUCCUACCCAACCGUUCAAAGGCGAUCCGUGGUCUCAGCCGCUGCAGUCAGCCUUUGCCUCAGAGGGCGCUCGAUGUUCGGGGAGCUGGUGUGCAGCGCUGCAGAUGCCGCUGCUUGGAGGGAGGCGCUGCAUUUGCAGCAGGAGCAUCUCGAUCCGGUCAGCCCAGGCCCACCCCCUGGACUCCUGGACAAAGACGCUCUCAGCACGCUGCUGGCGUUGUGGGAGGCCAAAGGGCUCGUGCACCCGCAGCGUCGGCUCCUGUGCCGUCUGGGUGAUGCGGUCCGAGCCCGCCGCGAUGCCGUGCAGCGGCGGCUGAACCGGCCGAUGGCGGAGGUGCAGGUGGCCAAUGCAGUUGGCACUGUGCUGGCCUGGAGGACGGAGAGACAGGCUGCCGGGCUCCCGCCCCAAGCGGCCACGUUUGCGCGGCGCCUGCGCGACGCCAUGCAGAACCAAUUUGCCAACGGAGAUGCCAAAGGAGCUCUCCCAUAUCAGAAGGAUUUGAACCUUCUGUCGCACGUGGUCUUGAAGGCGGAUCCGAAAUGCGGGGCCGCGGCCAUCUGCGAGGUGCUCGAGCAGGUGGCGCAGAAGCGGUGGCGCAGAGACCGGCUCUGGAUCGAUAUGCCCGGCGGUGACAAGGCCGCCCUGUGCGCCGCCGCGUUGCGCGGCGCAGCGCCGGAGCAGGUCCUGGAAAUCGGGACCGCUUGCGGGUACGCAUCCCUCAAGCUCGCCUUGGAGUUUCCGAGAGCUUCGAUUCACACGGUUGAGGAGGAUGUCUUGCGGGUGGCUAUUGCAAGAUGCAACAUCGCCAUGGCCGCACUGAGCGCCAGGAUCCAGGUGUGGCUGGGAAGCAGCAGCGAGGUGAUUCCCAGGCUUCCCGGGCGCUUCGGGGCUGUCCUCUUGGAUUCAGACGGCUCACGCUACCUGCAGGACUUGGGGCUCCUGGCGGAGCAGGGCCUGCUCGCCACCAGGCCCGUGGUGGUCGCCAACCACGUUUUGAAGCCUGGCGCGCCCGAGCUGCUUUCGCAGCUCCGCCACUUCGCGGCGACGCAAGUCAUCUCCGUGCCAGAGUUCCAAAUGCCCGUCGAGGACUGGAUCUCCGUGUCCAUUCUUUUAAAGCCACCAGGGGCGCUCCCUGUGGCAGGGAAAGGCGUGCGGCAGCUGACUGAGCUGUCCAGGAACAUUAGGUCGCGAGCCAACGAUGCGGGUAGCAGAAAAGCCAGCAAAGCUCUGGACGAUUGGAAGCAGUUCGUGGCCAGCAUGAAGCGAGGCCUUGCGAAGGAAGGCGUUGUGCCUACGGCCGCGGUGGCCACGGUGGCGCAGGAGAAAGCUGCAGCAGCACGCCGAGGCCAGCUUGGUGUUUCCUCCGCCCUGCCCGGCCACACGCCUUAA